AUGGCUUCUGCAUCUGUGAUGAAACCAUCAGUCAGCCUUGUCGGUGCAGGAACACAGGGUCGAAGAUUGGCCUACAUGUGGAGCACUCAAGGCCACGAUGUACAUUUGAUCGAUUCGGUACCCCGCCAGCUUGAGAACAGCAUCGCAUAUAUCGAAGGACUUCGCCAAGCCGAUAGCAAACCGCUCGUUGCUCCUGGUAGAAUUCUGACUCAUGGAAUCGAUGGGCUCGGUGCAGUGUUGCAGGACUCAUGGCUUGUCGUAGAGUGCGUACCAGAGAGACUCGCGCUCAAACGUCAAGUCAUAUCCGAGAUCGAAGCAGCAGCUCCACAAGACACCAUUGUUGCGUCGAACUCUAGCAGCUUCACGAUCUCAGAAAUCAUCCAAGGCCUGCGGCUUCAAGAUGAUAGCCGGGUACUAAGCGCCCAUAGUUACUGGCCACCCGAAACCAAUGUGAUCGAGAUCAUGGGCCAUAGUCGAACAGAUGCGAGACAUAUCGUUACUCUGCUGGAGCAGUGCAGACAGCAUGGCUUCCAGCCCUUCCACGUCAAGCGCGACUCUGUCGGUUAUAUCUACAACCGGAUCUGGGCAGCCAUCAAGCGAGAAGCUCUCAUGGUGGCCGCAGAAGGGGCAGCCUCGCCACAAGAAGUCGACGACAUCUUCAAAAGCGUGCUGAAAACUCCCAAGGGUCCUUUUGAGCAGAUGGACGUCGUUGGACUCGAUGUCGUGCUCGAUAUUGAGGAGCACUACGCCCAGGCGAGAUCUGGACUGCCGACUGUACCACGAGAAUACCUGAAAGGCCUCAUCUCAGAGGGGAAGCUUGGCGAGAAGAAUGGGCGAGGCUUCUAUGAUUACUCUGACCAGAAGGGCACAGGUUUGUGA